AUGCAAACACUUGGAAUUAGCAAAAACGAAAGCCAGGGACCGAAAAGGGAGUUUGAUUGCGGCAAAACGAGUGUGGACCCAAUUUCGUGGAACUUCGGCUCAAGAAAGCUCAAGAUCCAUCAAGGAGUAGAUUCUAGAGAUUCCAGCUACCCCUAUUUUGUUCGUGUGGAACACGUGGAUGAGACAACUAAUCUGAAGACCAAUUGCGGCGGAUCCUACAUUGCUCCAAAAUGGGUUAUGACGGCGGCAAGCUGCGUCCGAAAAAACGUCCGGUGGUACUACUAUUUGAGUUACAGGUUCAGGCAAGGCAAUAAAGUCGAGAUACAAGCUCAAAGUCAAACGGCUCGCGUUUGGGAACAUGGUGACGUCGCUCUUUUAGAGCUGGAAACGGAUAUUGACACCAGUGAUGAUUUCGGAAGGCGAGUAUGUCUCGAAGCUAGAGGCUUGACACUGAAAGAACCGAUGAUUGCUUUUGGAAUGGGAGACGGAGAAAAAGCCAAAGUACAAGAGGCCGUUUUACGCGCUGACUGUCUUGAUGAGCAAGACACCUUCUGUGGGAGAUUCCGGAGGCCCGCUUGUUGCAAAAUAUGGCCCGACUUGGUACCAACAAAAGCGACUCCAGUCACUCGGAAACUUUGUGAAUGGCUCAAUCAAGAAACAAAAACCAUCAUUUGC